AUGUAUGAUCAAUCAGAUUGUCGUUAUAAUGAUGAUGAAAAUAUAUUUGAAGAUGCAAAUCUUCAAUUAUUUCAUCGAUUAAAAGAUAAAUAUUACCAUUUUUAUUUUAGUAACAAAAAUAUUCUCAAGAAAUUUGUUUCAGAUGGAACUUGUGAUUGUGCUGAUUAUAACGGUUUAUGCGAAGAUAAAAAUAAAAACGAAAAUUAUACUAAAAGAACAAUUUGUUUUCAAACGAUGUGUGAUUUUUUUCAAGAAUUAUAUCCAAUAGAAAUCGAUAAACAAGGUCAUACAAAUGAAACAGAAUGUGAACAAUGGGAAUGUGAUAAUAUUUAUACUCAUCGUGAUGGAGUAUGA